CUCGGUUCGCCCUCGGUCUCCCUAUAAAGAAUCAACGCAUUGUCUUUCUUUCCCCACACUUUCUGACACUCCUCCUUCUUCUCGAUACAUUCGCCCUAUUGUUUGAUAACGAUCUAUCCUUUAUUUCACCCAUAUACCCAUCUUUCGCAUUCAUCAUGGCUUCUCCUCAGCAAAUUCGUACCACCCUCACUGAUCAGCUCAAGAUCAACCACCCCAUCCUGCUGGCAGGUAUGAACGUGGCCGCCGGUCCUAAGUUGGCCGCUGCGGUCACCAACGCUGGUGGUCUCGGUGUUAUCGGCGGUGUCGGCUACACCCCUGAGAUGCUUCAAGAACAGAUCACGGAGCUCAAGAGCUACUUGAACGACAAGAACGCCCCCUUCGGUGUCGACCUUCUGCUUCCCCAGGUUGGAGGAAGCGCACGCAAGACCAACUAUGACUACACCAAGGGCAAGCUUAACGAACUCGUUGAUAUCAUCAUUGAGAGCGGCGCCCGGCUCUUCGUUUCGGCCGUCGGUAUCCCUCCCAAGCACGUUGUCGAUCGUCUCCACAACGCCGGUAUCCUGUACAUGAACAUGAUCGGUCACCCCAAGCACGUCCAGAAGUCGCUUGAUGCUGGUGCCGAUAUCAUCUGCGCCCAGGGUGGCGAGGGUGGUGGACACACCGGUGAUGUCCCAACUACCGUUCUCAUCCCCACCGUUGCCAAGCUCUGCCAGGGCAAGAAGAGCCCCCUGACCGGUCUGCCCGUGCAAGUCGUCGCCGCUGGUGGCCUUUUCAACGGUAACUCGGUUGCCGCUGCUCUUAUGCUUGGCGCCUCCGCCGUAUGGAUUGGUACUCGCUUCAUCCUGUCCGACGAGGCCGGUGCCCCUGUUGCUCACCAGGAGGCCGUCCGCACCGCCGGAUUUGAGGAUAACGUUCGCACCAUCAUCUUCACUGGCCGUCCCCUGCGUGUCCGCAACAACGAGUACAUCAAGAACUGGGAAGAGAACCGCGCGGAAGAGAUCAAGCAACUGACCGCCAAGGGUGUCAUCCCCGUCGAGCACGAUUUCGAGAACCUGCCCGACGAUGUCGACGACGAGACCCUGGACAAUGCUCGCCCUUUCUUGAUGGGCAAGGUCGCCGCCGUUGUGUCAGAAAAGAAGCCUGCCAAGGCUAUUGUUGACGAGCUCGUCACGGAUGCCGCUGCUCUGUUGCAGAAGGGCAACAAGAUGCUUGCUAAGCUGUAAAUAAUUUGAUUCUUUCGUGUUCGUAUUGGGAUCGGGGUCGGGAGCAUUGAUGCAUUUUACUAUGAUGUUCUAUGACCGUGGACUGCAGCGUUUGCACUUUCUUCUAGUAUAUCAUUGUGAGUUUCUUUGAUAGAAAAUAUGAUUUAUUUUCAAC